GGCGCCCUGCUUCCCAGGGCUGGAGGGGAGCGCUCCCAGCUGGCGGGGAGGGCGCUUUUCGGGUCUGGGGAGGAUGCGCCCGGGCAUGGGCAGGGGGAUGGGCGGGAAGGUGGGGGGCCACUGGCUGAGGAGGGGUGCGGGAGAGGAGGGCCUGGCAGCAUGGGUGCAGGUGCCACAGAGAGGGCGAGGCGCUGGGGAGGCAGUGGUCUGCGGGAGGCUGGUGCCCUGGGCGGUGGAGUGGGGGAGGGUCCGGGGAGGGGCUCUGCCCCCCGCAGCGGGUGUCUGAAAAGCUCCAGGUCGCCUCAGUGGAGGGUGGGUGCACAGAGAUUGCCGCGGUGGAGGGCCAGGGCCUUGGCCUCCGCGGAAAGUAGAGGCCCUUCGCAGGGGUCACCGGGGGACGCCAUACUUCGGGCCCUAGGAGCGUCUCCCUAAGUUUAAAAGGGUUGCGCUUUGACAGAAUAAGUUGCCUGGUCGCCCGGGGAUUUUGUUUGACGUUAACAACGAUUAACACGUCUCUAAAGAUUUGCAAACCUGUAGGUGGAAGAAGAAAUCAGAGGAAAUCAGAGGAACUCAGGAAGCGUUUCAAACCGAGUGAUAGGAAAAUAGAACUUCCCCAAAGUAGUGGGAGGCAGCGCAGGAAGCGAUCGAUCCGAGGAAGACGGACAGCUCUAAGUGUGCGCCGUAGAACAGGAGGAGGACACGGACUCGGGGCCCUGACGUCCCUUGAAGGAAGCUAGAAAGAGAAGAGCAGAGAGAGCCCAACGUGCCCUACGGAAGAGACCAGAGCGCCCGGAGGGGAGGCCGAGGCCCACACUGCGAGAGUCCGUGCACGCCCGUCCAGUCCCUUCUGGCCGCCCUCAGGUCCUCAGUGAUGGUGAUGCCACUGGUGAUGCUGCAGGACUGGUGCAGGUGGAGUGGCGCAAACGCACAGCGCUCCCUGCUCAUCCUGGGCAUCCCGGAGGACUGCGAGGACCGGGAAUUCCAGGAGGCCGUGCGGGCUGCCCUGUGGCCCCUGGGCAGGUACCGAGUGCUGGGCAACGUCUUCAGAAAGGAGCUCGGGUUCAGGGUCGCUUUGGUGGAGUUCACUGAGUAUUUAAAUCGAAGUUUGGUCCCCCGACAGAUACCAGGCAAGGGGGGACUCUGGGAUGUGUUCUUCCUGCCCCAGGGCCCUGAUUCUGAGUCACGGGAUAGACCCAAUUUCCCUGCACAGCCCCAGAGGCAAGCAGUGGCUGGCAGGGCAGGUGUGGCCAGAGCUGCAGGGGAGGAGGCAGCCGCAGUUGAGGAGGCAGCCGCAGGGGAGGAGGGAGCUGAGGGUGAGGCAGGAGCUGGAGAGGAAGCAGGAUCCUCAGAUGAAGAGGGAGCCGCAGGGGACACAGGAGUUGCAGGCAUGGUAGCAUCUGUGAGCAUGGCAGGAGCUGCAGCUGAGGCAGAGGCUCCAGGUGAGGAAGGAGCUGCAGGUGUGUCUGAGGCAGGGGCCCCAGAGGAGGCAGGAACUGCCGGUGAGGAUGGAGCUGAAGAUGUGGCAAGAGCUGUGGGUGAGGAAGAAGCCACAGGUGAGGCUGGAGGCCCAGGAGUCCCAGGUGAGGCAGGAGCCCCCAGUGAGGAAGAAGCCGCAGGUGAGGAGGAAGCUGAGAGUGAGGAGGAAGCUGAGGGCGAGGCAGGAGCUGAAGAGGAAGCAGAAUCCUCAGAUGAAGAGGGAGCUGCAGGGGACACAGGAGUUGCAGGCAUGGUCGCAUCUGUGAGCAUGGCAGGAGCUGCAGGUGAGGCGGGAGCUGCAGGUGAGGAGGAAGUUGGAGAUGUGGCAAGAGCUGUGGGUGAGGAAGAAGCCACAGGUGAGGCAGGAGCCCCAAGUGAGGAAGAAGCCGCAGGUGAGGAGGAAGCUGAGGGUGAGGAGGAAGCUGAGGGCGAGGAGGAAGCUGAGGGCGAGGCAGGAGCUGAAGAGGAAGCAGGAGCAUCAGAUGAAGAGGGAACCGCAGGGGACACAGGUGUUGCAGGCGUGGCAGGAUCUGUGAGCAUGGCAGGAGCUACAGCUGAGGCGGAGGCUCCAGGUGACGAAGGAGCUGCAGGUGUGGCAAGAGCCAUCAACGAGGCAGCAGCCCGGAGCCAGCACUGGCGGCAGACGUUGCAGUCUCUGCUCGAUGCUAUGGCCUACCGGGUACUGAGAAGGUUUUCUGGGGUGGAAGAGCCGGGCUGUGGAGAAGAGUCUUUUGAGAGCUGGCUGCACCAUGCCAACGACACGCUGUACCUGUGGCGCCACAUGUCAGAGAGGGAGAGGAGGAGGAGACUGGUGGAGAGCUUGGGUGGCCCCGCGCUGGAUCUCAUAUGCGGCCUCCUGGAGGAAAAUCCCGACACCCCUGCGCAGGACUGCCUGGCCGCGCUGGUGCAGGUGUUCGGGAGCAAGGACGCCCAGAUGACCGCACGGCUGAAGUUCCUGACUUGUGCGCAGAGGCCCCAGGAGGCUCUCUUUGCCUAUGUGAUGCGCCUGGAAGGCCUGCUGCAGGCGGCCUUGGAGAAGGGGGCCAUCCGGCCCGCCAUCGCAGACCAGCUGCGCGCCAGGCAGGUGCUGAUGGGGGCCCGGCCCAACGAGACGCUCGAGAACAAGCUGAGGAGGAUGCGUCUGGAGAGGAGGCCGCCUGGCUUCCUGGGGAUGCUGCAGCUCAUUCGGGAGACGGAGGCGUGGGAGGGCGCUCCGGCUAGAAGUGAGCAGUUCCACAUGGAAGAAGGGGCCCAGCUGGACGUUGGAGACCUAGCCACCUGCCAGGGUGCCCUGGCCCAUGAAGAUGCUGCCCCGGCCCGUGAAGAUGCCGCCCAGGCCGCCCCAGCCAGUGAGGUCACCACUGAGGGCACCCCCGUCACUGCAGAAGAAAGCAAGGCCUCCCCACCCAAGGAAGAUACUACCCUGGCUGCCCUUUCCAAGCAAGACACCUCUGAGGCCGCCCCAGCACGUGAGGAGGCCGAUGAGGCAGCUCCUGACACCCAUGAUGCUGCCAGGGUGGCCCCUGGCCCUCAGGCGACCACCAAGGCCUCCCCUUCCACUGGGGAAGUUGAAAAUGCUCCUACUCCUGCGGGGCUAGGUCAGGCAGGACCUUCAGAGGCCCCCGGGGACCCCACCCCUGCCCAGAUGGGCCGUACUUCCGGGGGGGGCCCAGGAGGUCCUGGCAGUGACCUAGAAGGCCUGGCUCAGGCAGGAGACCAGGAGGCCAAGCAGACCCCCAAGGAGGGGCUCAUCCAGGAGGAGCCAGGAGACGAGGACGGGGCUGAGGAGAUGAGCCGCCCCGAGUCCUCCUCGGGCAAGUAGGCUCAAAUGGCCCAGGGGCCCUCUCUCCUCCCAGGUAGCAGAGCCCUGGAGGCAGGGGGAGGCGAGGCCAGGGCAGCCGCCUCACCCCACAUGGGGACCAGGCCCAGGGAGGGGUCUACUCAGCCCAAAGCAAGCCCCCGGCCCCCCACGAUCCCCAAGGGGCCCUAUGCCCCACCAUCAGCCCUUCCAAGUGACCAAGAUGACCAUGUGUUACCCCAAAUGGGUAGGGGAGAGGUGCACCCCCGCCCAAGGCAGCACCACACUGAGCCCGAGCCCCAGCCCUGCCAACUCAGGCAGCCAGCCUGGCAGCUCUCCCAAGUGGCAGCCCCAGCCUCGGUGAGGGGCACCUGAGGAUGUCUGCCACCUGCACGGGCCUGGGAUAUGUCAGGAUCAGGGGUCAUCCCAAGGGUGCCAGCCGCUGGGGCCUCCCGUGAGGGGGACCCCCAUUCACUGUCACCUGGGUGCAGCAAGGUGUUCCCUGUUCUGGGAAGCCCACUUGUGUCUCUGUAGACCCCGUAGUGACCCACGUGUCCAGUAAUCCACCCCCAACGCACAUGCGCAUGCACACACACGCCAUGAUUUCUUUGCAGAGCCUUGGGCUGUGCAUGAUCCCAGAUUGGGUGUCCUGGCCUAGCGGGCAGCCCCCUCUCAGCCCUGGCACGUGCUGUGAGCUUCAGUGCCAGCCCAGGCUCUGCUCACUCUUGUCCAGUGCCGUGAGCUCAACUCUGCCUUCUCGGUGUAGAUUUAGGCCAAUCGCUGCUUGUUCCUAUGGAGAUGUGUGUGUUGUUACCUGAGCAGUGCCCCCCCCCCCCCCCGGAGACCCCAAGCCCAGUCCCAGGAGAUGCCUGGAAGGAUGGACUGAUGAGGGUGCAGCUGGCGCUCACCCAGGGACCUCGGGAAGGAAGAACUGCAGCAGGGACAUGGGCUGCGGGAGGCUCCACUGGGGCUGUGCUGUGAUGUCCAACCUGCUGUUACUUGUGGCUCAGUUUCUUUGGCUUGGUUGGGUGUCUCCUGCUGUUUUCUCCAGCAUCCUGUGACUGUCCUGUGUGGGCCAUAGUGCAGGGCCCCACCCAGCCUGUCAGCCAGAAGCGGAAGGGUGCCCUGGAGUGAGAAGACAUCACCAGUGUCCAUCGUCCUGGCAAGAGGUUGACUGUGGGGUCCACAGGAAGGGAGACUGUGGUGGGAGGGCCACAGCAUGGGGGGCAGCUGAGGCAUCUCAUUAGGGACCUCGGACGAGGAUGACUUCAAGACCUGCGGACUGUAGUGGCUGUUAGAAGUUCCUCUCUAUGUUGUCAUUCCCUUGUUUUCAAUGGUUUCAGUAAAUGUUCCAGUUCAAUAA